UUUUCCGCACACUGCAGUCCGGUCACACUGUUUUAAAUAUUGUUAAAAAAAAGAAUAGUGAUCCAAUUGGAAUUGCAAAUUUUGUUGGCGAUCAAUUAACAAAUUAAAGAAGUGCUUUGCGAAAAUGUGCAUGUGAGAUGCUCUAAGAAGAUAGUCAGCGAAGGUCACUCACAGCGCAAGGGCAAGAGAAAGGAAAAAGAAAGCCGUUUCUUCUACCAGGGAAUACCUCAAGGUCAGCAAGGUGUCUGCCUACGAAAGCAUGGAUUUACAGCAUAUGGAGAAUGGCCUCAGCGGAGGGGGAGGUGGCGGUAGCAUCAGCGAAAUAGAAUUCCAAAGGCUGGCUCAAAUCAUAGCCACCAGUAUCCAGAAGGUCCAGCAGAAUGUUUCUACUAUGCAGCGCAUGGUCAAUCAACUAAACACACCCCAGGAUUCUCCGGAGCUCAAAAAGCAGCUCCACCAACUAAUGACCUACACCAACCAACUGGUGACCGACACAAACAAUCAAAUCAACGAGGUGGACAAGUGCAAGGAGCGCCACCUGAAGAUCCAGCGGGACCGAUUGGUCGACGAGUUUACAGCGGCGCUCACCGCGUUCCAGGCCGUCCAGCGCAAAACUGCGGACAUAGAGAAGAGUGCCUUGCGGCAGGCGCGGGGCGACAGCUACAAUAUUGCCCGCCCGCCAGGCUCCUCGCGCACGGGCAGCUCCAACAGCAGUGCCAGCCAGCAGGAGAAUGGCUCCUUCUUCGAGGACAAUUUCUUUAAUCGAAAAUCAAACCAACAGCAACAGCAGAUGCAGACACAAAUGCAGGAGCAGGUCGAUCUGCAGGCGCUAGAGGAACAGGAGCAGGUUAUUCGAGAACUAGAAAACAAUAUUGUGGGAGUCAACGAGAUCUAUAAGAAGCUGGGAGCCCUGGUUUACGAGCAGGGUCUGACGGUAGACUCCAUUGAGUCGCAGGUGGAGCAGACAAGCAUUUUCGUUUCACAGGGCACGGAAAACCUGCGCAAGGCGAGCUCUUAUAGGAACAAAGUGCGCAAGAAGAAGCUUAUCCUAGUGGGCAUUCUGAGUGCCGUGUUGUUGGUGGUCAUCUUGAUACUCGUCUUUCAGUUCAAGAAUUAGAACGCGAUCCAAAUUUAAACCAAAAUAGUAAAUUGUUGUGAAAAGACAAGAGUUGCCGCAUGCAGGACCCGAACAAAAAAAUCUAACUAACUCCCCACCCUCCUUCGGAUCGUAGGCGUAUUUGUGGCUUUAAUUCCGAAAUCUAAUUCCACUGUUGGCUAAAACUCGAGCAACUCGGCAAUGUUUGAUGCGUGUAUCCGGACGUAUUCACCAACACGUGCACAUGUUAUAUUCGCUUUAUAAUUAUCUUACCUUAUAUUUUAUAUGUAUUUACUAAUUUAAUUAUUACGCACCCUGUAUAUUGAUAUAUUGAUAACUGUUGGCUGCAAAUUCUAAUUAUGUUUCGAAACUCAUUUGCCAGCGCAUUGUAUUGUAUUUAGGCUUAAGAGGUAUAGGCAGUGGCAGAAGGCAUAAACGAAAAGCAUUCACACAUGUACGAAAAAUGGAAUAAUAAACAAGAAAACCGA